CUUUUCCCGGGAAAUUCCACAUAGAAAAUAACAGCCCAACUUCACUUCGGAUUCAUUCUCCAUACGCCGACUGUCGCAAAUUAUUCUUUUACCUUCUAAUAAUCUCGAACCAGCUUCCGCCUGCCGGCCUUCUGGAGCGCUCUCUCCCCUUCUCUUAGGGUUUCUCUCUCUCUCUAAGAUUAAGCAAGCAUUCAUUCUCCGUUGGGUCGGGAAGCCCCAAAUUCCCGUGUAAUCUGACAUGGACAGCCCCACGACAGCUUCAUUGGAGAACCAAUCAGCAAUGAGAGUCCCAUCUUCGCCUUCUGCGGAGCUCAAUCUUCCUCCGACAAUGUCCCGACCGGCUCUUUCUCUGCCGCCUUCUCGGCACAUCGACAGAAUGGUGGGCAUGGGCUACCAACCCUCGCCUUCCCGCACCAUCUACAGCGAUCGCUUCAUCCCUAGCCGCUCCGGCUCCAACUUUGCCCUUUUCGACAUCUCCCCUUCCUCCAAUUCGCCCUCCGACGGCCGCGAGGACGCUUCCGGCGCAUAUACCGCGCUGUUGCGCUCCGCAUUGUUUGGCCCAGACUCCGGGACCAUCCUUCCGGCAACGCCCGACAAGGGGGUGGGGGUGAUCGGCCGGAAUUCCCCGAUGACCCCGCCAAGCCGGAACAUCUUCCGUUACAAGACAGAGACUCGGCAGUCUGUGCACUCGCUUUCGCCUUUUGGGUUCGAUGCUGAACUGCCCGGUGUUAGUCAUAGCCCAGUGAAGGCUCCACGAAAGGUCCCCAGGUCGCCUUACAAGGUAUUGGAUGCACCAGCGUUGCAGGAUGAUUUCUAUCUGAAUCUUGUCGAUUGGUCUUCUCACAAUGUGUUGGCUGUUGGGUUGGGUAAUUGUGUUUAUUUGUGGAAUGCUUGUAGUAGCAAGGUGACAAAAUUGUGUGAUUUGGGAAUUGAUGAUAGUGUAUGUUCAGUUGGUUGGGCUCAGCGUGGCACACAUCUUGCUGUUGGUAGUAGUAAUGGGAAACUUCAGAUUUGGGAUGCCUCUCACUGUAGGAGGGUAAGAACUAUGGAGGGCCAUCGGUUGCGCGUUGGAGCCCUAGCCUGGAGUUCAUCCGUGUUGUCUUCAGGUAGUCGGGACAAGUGUAUUCUUCAACGAGAUAUACGUGCUCAGGAAGACUUUGUCAGUAAGCUUACUGGACACAAGUCAGAGGUUUGUGGACUAAAGUGGUCCUAUGAUAACCGAGAGUUAGCUUCUGGAGGAAACGAUAAUCGACUUUUUGUAUGGAAUCAACAUUCAACUCAACCUGCACUAAAGUACUGUGAGCAUACAGCUGCUGUGAAGGCAAUUGCAUGGUCCCCUCAUCUUCAUGGCCUUCUUGCUUCAGGGGGUGGUACUGCAGACCGAUGCAUUCGUUUCUGGAACACGACCACUAACACGCAUCUAAGCUGCAUGGACACUGGCAGCCAGGUGUGCAAUCUUGUGUGGUCUAAAAAUGUCAAUGAACUUGUCAGCACCCAUGGAUAUUCCCAGAACCAAAUAAUUGUAUGGAGAUAUCCUACUAUGUCAAAGUUGGCAACUCUCACGGGCCAUUCAUUUAGAGUUCUUUACCUUGCAAUCUCACCUGACGGACAGACAAUUGUCACAGGAGCAGGUGAUGAAACACUUAGGUUUUGGAAUGUGUUCCCUUCCCCUAAAUCUCAGAAUACUGACAGCGAAAUUGGAGCAUCUUCUCUUGGGAGAACUCAGAUUAGGUGACUAAUUGAGGCCUUUGGUUUACUGACCCUCAGGGCGUCGCUAGUCUGUGUGUUGCUACAGAUAAGAAAACAUGGUACUUUUCCAUUGGAGAAGAGUAAUGGAAAGAAAGCUCCAUAAUUCAUCUGCCUAAACCGGGACACGAAUCUCCCAAGGAAAUCGCUGAAGGCUAGGAGAUAUGGGCGGGAAGGAUAAAAAAUGUGAAAUGUCCUGCUGGAACUUUUUAUUUUCAAUCUUUUUUUUUUUUUUUGAAAAAAGUAUGUACAGUGAAGGGGUUAUUAUUAACUUCUGGUUGCUUCCUAGGUCCUUGCAAGGUGUAACUAAGCAAUAUAAGAUUUGGAUAUUCAAGAUGCAAUUGGCAUGUUUCCUGUAAAUAGAUUACAGUGAUUUCGUGUGAAAGCCGAUGCCCCAUGAAAACGUUUAACUGUAGCUCUUGAAUCACAGAAUUGAUUAUUACUAUUAUUUAUGCAUAUAUUCCAAGGUCACAAUGGAAC